AUGACUACUCUACUAUCGGGCGCAGUUUUUGGCGCCGCUACAGUGGCCGCCGGCAUCGUCCAACCGGCUACCAUCAUCUCACAGUUCAAGUUUGAGGACUGGCACAUGCUGCAGACUUUCCUCGGCGCAACGGCCAGCAGCGUUGUUGUUUACAAGGUUGCCGAGAGUCUCAAAUAUGUCGACCUCAAGCCUCGCGCCUCCUCCCCGAUUGGCCUCUUUUCCCAGUACGACGGAAACAUCAUAGGCGGCUCCAUGCUCGGGGCCGGCAUGGCCAUUUCUGGAUCUUGUCCGGGUACCAUGUUCGCUCAGUCAGGACUGGGGUUCCAGACUGGGUUUUAUGCUUUGGGAGGAGGUAUCCUUGGAGGAAUUGUGCACAUCGGGCUCGUUUCCAAGGCCAUCAAGUGGCAGAAGGAAAAGACAGGCGCUAAGCCUCAGGUCGUGUCACUUGACGAACAGCUCGGCAUCUCGAAGGGCUCAACUAUUUUCAUUUUCGAGGCUAUUGCCUUGUCGGUCAUCGCCGCCUCAGUCCUCUUCACCAACGGCUCCUCAGAUUGGACACUAUUCUCCGCAGGAAGUGGCCUCUUCCUCGGCUUUGCUCAACUAUUCUCGAUACUCGCCCGAAAGUCCAUGCUGGGAGUGUCGACCUCGUUCGAAGAGAUCGGUAACCACUUUUGGUGGCUGGUCAAGGGCGCCGACGCGAACUCCUGGCCAAGCAGCCGCCAGAACUUGCUGUUUGCGACGGGAGCAGCGAUGGGCGCUUGGGUUCUAGGACAGAACUUCCCCUCCUUGGUAGGAGGCAAGGUCAUCGAGACAGCACCAGGCUUGGCCGUGGCUGGUGGGUUUCUGAUGGCGAUAGGAUCCAGGAUUGCAGGAGGGUGCACUUCUGGUCAUGGUGUUAGCGGGUUGUCGUUGCUGUCAACGUCAAGUCUUCUCACGAUUGUGUCUUUGUUUGCUGCUGGAGGCUUGAUUGCUCCUCUAGUCCACAAUUAG